AUGAACGAACCGAUAGGAGAAUCUCUGCUUCCCACCACAACCAGAAGGUGUGACAGGGGAGGCGCGGUGGUCAAUGGUGGUGACCCCGAAGCGCAAAAUUGGGGCCGCUACCAGACAUUUCCCACCUGCUCGCGUAAUGCAAACGAUACCGGGAGCGAGACUCAGUCAACGUCAUGCUCCAAAAUAAAUCCCCGAAUAAUAUCGGAUGCUAUAUUGGGCCUCUCGGAUGGCCUUACGGUGCCCUUCGCGUUGAGUGCGGGUUUGUCAGCUUUCGGCAACACCAAAGUCGUCGUCUUGGGCAGUCUAGCAGAGCUUGUUGCUGGCGCCAUUUCGAUGGGCCUGGGCGGCUAUGUGGGCGCCAAAACCGAAAUAGAGUCAUACGAAACAGCCAAACGCGAAGUACAAGAGCUUAUCUCGGCGUGCCCGUGCGAGACAACGACGAUGGUUAGAGAAGUGUUUGCGCCCUACAGUCUUCCCGAUCAUCCCGUUUCAGAGAUGAGUUCAACAUUGCACAGCUCCCCCAAACAGCUGAUGGAAUUCCUCUUGGCAUUUCACCACAAGCAACCUGAACCAGAUGCCAACCAAGCUCUUGUCUCUGCCAUCACACUUGCUCUGGGGUACUUCAUCGGAGGAUUCAUUCCGCUUAUUCCUUACAUUCUCAGCCACCAAGUCUUGACAGCGUUGAAAUAUAGCGCCGGCGUAAUGGCCGUUACACUGUUAGUGUUUGGCUAUCUCAAAACAUGCAUUGUGCGAGGCUGGAGCGGCAGAGAGAACAUCAUAGCCGGUCUCAAGGGCGGCGUUCAGAUGGUUAUGGUAGGAGGAGCAGCCGCCGGGGCAGCUGUCUUCUUGGUUCGGAUGAUUGAUAAUGGCAAAAUGUAAUCAUACGAAAAAUGGCGAUAGGUUUUAAAAGUCUCGAGGGUUAAUUUCGUUCUAGUGCAACUUGUACUUGGACCAGAGGUAGGUAUCAGGUUGGGUGUAUAUAGUCUGAUAAUGAGGCCUUGUUUCGCAUUCAUCUUCCCUUCUAUGAAGUUAAUUCCAGUUUCUUGGCGGCCUGUUUAUUUAUAUUAGUGCGGCUGCAAAUGUCAUGUCGAUAGAGCUUUCGU